AUGUCACCCCGCCCUUCUCCACAACCACCGAACGGCUCUUCCGGUGAUGUGAGAGCGUUUCCGGUUCGCGGCGGUUCCCGGGUUUUGCGUUCCGCGCUUAACCGGAAACCCCUUCGCAUAGCAGCCGGUUCCGGUUCGACCGCGGAGAGGUCGCUGCCCUCACCUAUCCCCUUGCCGGUACCACAGGGCCCCGUCUGGAUGCUCGGCCAUGCUACUUGUGGGGAAAGAGCUGGCCGAGGUUCCUCGGCUUUCCCGCCAGGGACUUUGCGUUUUACUGAAGUCAGUGAUGUGAGAAGACCUGACAUGGAUGAUAUUUCUGAUAGAAUGAGGAUGGAUGCUGGAGAAGUAACUUUAGUGAACCACAACUCUAUAUUCAAACCUCAUCUCCUGCCACAGACAGGUUUACCUGAGGACCAGCUUUCUCUCUCUGACCAUCAGAUUUUACCUUCCAUGCAAGGAGAUUUGGAUGGAUCAUUGACAUGUUCCACAAGAAGUGCACCUUAUAAUACAGAUUAUUACUCAGAUAACCCUUCCUCUGACAGUUUUCUUGGCUUGGGCAAUUUAAGAACCCUUGGCCAGAGUGCAAAUGGCCAGUGGAGAAAUUCCACUCCAGCAUCGGGCUCAACUUUACAGAAAUCAAGAAACAGUCGGAGUUUGUUCCUUGAACCUCGAAAGACUUCAAGCGGAUUAUCAAAUAAUUUUAUGGGAAAGUCAAACCAUCACUGCCAUGUGUCUGCAUAUGAAAAAUCUUUUCCUAUUAAGCCUGUUCCAAGUCCAUCUUGGAGUGGUUCAUGUCGUCGAAACCUUUUGAGUCCCAAGAAAACUCAGAGGCGACAUGUCAGCACUGCAGAAGAGACAGUUCAAGAAGAAGAAAAAGAAAUUUAUAGACAGCUGCUACAGAUGGUUACAGGGAAACAGUUUUCAGUAUCCAAGCCUACAACACAUUUUCCUUUACACCUGUCUCGAUGUCUUAGUUCCAGUAAGAAUACUUUGAAUGAACCACUGUUUAAAAAUGGAAAUUCUUGUGCAGCUCAGAUCAUUGGCUCAGAUACUUCAUCAUCUGGAUCAACCAGCAUUUUAACUACCCAAGAGCAUCCAUCCCACAGUGUAUAUCCCCUGUCAUCUUACAACGCAGAAGUCGUUGCAUUUGGAUCCAAAGAUACAGAUCCUCUCCAUCAAUCCCACAAUCAUCAAUCUCUUCCACAUCAGCCAGAUAACUUAACAGCUUCAAAGUUGGAAGGAUCAGACUCUGUCAUUUUACUCAAAGUAAAAGAUUCCCAGACUCCUGCUCCCAGCCCUACCUUUUUCCAGGCAGAGCUGUGGAUCAAAGAAUUAACUAGUGUUUAUGAUUCCCGAGCACGGGAGAGAUUGCGUCAGAUUGAAGAGCAGAAAGCACUUGCAUUACAGCUUCAAAAUCAGAGGCUUCAGGAACAUUCAGUACAUGAUUCAGUAGAACUGCAUUUACGUGUACCUCUUGAAAAGGAGAUCCCAGUCACGCUCUCUCGAGAUGCAGACAAGAAGAAAGCUGGUGAAAAUGAAUUUCCUGAAAUUACAGAGGAAAUGGAGAAAGAAAUAAAGAAUGUGUUUCGUAAUGGAAAUCAGGAUGAAGUUCUCAGUGAGGCAUUCCGCUUAACUAUUACACGCAAAGAUAUUCAAACUCUGAAUCAUCUCAACUGGCUCAAUGAUGAGAUCAUCAAUUUCUACAUGAAUAUGCUGAUGGAGCGAAGUAAAGAAAAGGGACUGCCCAGUGUGCAUGCAUUUAAUACCUUUUUCUUCACAAAGUUAAAAACAGCUGGCUAUCAGGCUGUGAAGCGUUGGACAAAGAAAGUGGACAUAUUUUCAGUUGACAUUCUCUUGGUGCCCAUUCACCUGGGGGUACACUGGUGUUUAGCUGUCGUGGACUUUAGAAAGAAAAAUAUUACCUAUUAUGAUUCUAUGGGAGGGAUAAACAAUGAAGCCUGCAAGAUACUCUUGCAAUACCUAAAGCAAGAAAGCUUUGACAAGAAAAGGGAAGUGUUUGACACCAAUGGCUGGCAGCUCUUCAGCAAGAAAAGCCAGGAGAUUCCACAGCAGAUGAAUGGUAGUGACUGUGGGAUGUUCGCCUGCAAAUACGCAGAUUGCAUUACCAAAGACAGACCAAUCAACUUCACACAGCAACACAUGCCAUACUUCCGGAAGCGGAUGGUCUGGGAGAUCCUGCACCGAAAACUCUUGUGA